UCGCGGUGCGAGUGUGAAAUGCAUUGUGGGUCUAACACAACUGGAUGUUGAGAACUAGCAGCAGCAGGUAAUAGAUACGAGAACCGGUGCUAAUAUGUCACUGCUCUGCCGAUGUCUGGUUUACUUGGGAUCAAGCUUGUGAUAAAGACUACAUAGCAGCACACAAUGGAUUCCACUGAAGCAGAAGUUGCAACCCACGGGGAAGGAAGUAAAGACACUGUACCAAGCACAUCAAACGUAUCUGAUCAAGGACAACAUGGACCAAAGUUGAAUAAGGCAUCUUUGAAGAGGAAAUCUGGCACCGCUACAAAUCAUAAAGCUAAGAAGCAUAAAAAGGCCAGAGUCAAAAGGUCUGCCCGACCUAGCUACACUGUCCACGAAGGGGAAGAUAUGCUUCUUGUCAUAUCUAGUAGUACUUCACAGUAUGGUGAUUCAACCUGGGCUCCCAAAAAGAAGGGAAGCAAAAAAAAGAAACUAAGUAAAGGAAAGGGGAAAACUGUUCAGAUUAAGAAAAAAAAGAUAGUCCGUGCCAAGCCAAAACUGGCAAAUAACACUAACAAAGAUGCCAAAGUUGUCAAGGAAGAAGAGGACACGUCUUUGUUUGUGCCAGAGAAAGCAACAGACAACAGAUGGGGUCAAAGUCUUCCUGAGGAGGUGCUAAUCAAUAUUUUUCAGUUGGUGGUCAUACAAGACGGUGCGGUGCCAUUUCUGUGCAGGGUGGGGAGAGUUUGUCAUCUGUGGAACAUUGCUGCCUCCAGUCCGGUCCUGUGGCGCAAGGUGACUGUAGGUCACUGCUGGAUUGCGCCAGGAAAAACCCAGCUGCCUAAAACAGAGGAAAAAAUAAAGAACACUUUUAAUUGGCUAGCACAGAACAGACUCUCCCAGCUGCGAGACUUCUCUCUCUGUCACUGGACAAAGAAUGCUAGCUAUGCAGUGGAUGUUGUGUCACAGUUCUGCCCUCACCUUCGCUCCCUCACGUUCUCCUACUGCACAGGCCUGACAGCGCGGGCCUUCCAGAGCCUCGGUCUGCACAGCCGGUCUCUGCAGAGCAUAAAUCUCCAGUAUUCAGAGUUUCAGGUUGAAGGUCUCCUGGAGUACCUUGAAAAUCAUGGGAGUCAGAUCAGGCAAAUCUUGUUCACUCAUGGACUAAAGAAUGACAGACUUCUGACUGCUAUCACCAGGGGAUGCUGUCCUGAUUUGGAGUUUUUGGAGGUCAACACAAAGCUUGACAGUAAAGACUGCGAAUUUCCCGUAUGCAUCCAGGCACUACAGAUAGCAUGCCCUAAACUGAAGACCUUCCGGAUGCUGAAUGUCAGACCUCUUCAUAAGACAAUGCGUAAUGGUGCUGAACUAACAUCAGGCUUCCCGUUACUGGAGGAACUAUGUAUCGCAACCACGUCUUAUUCCUACAUGACCGACAAAGAUUUGUUGGACAUUCUGUUCGGCUCCACCAAGUUGCGGGUGCUGGACCUGCGAGGCUGUUCUCGAAUCACACCAGCUGGUCUUGCAACAUUACCUUGUCUUGAGCUUGAGUGUCUGUUCUGGGGACAAUAUUUCAGCAGCCAUAUUGGGUUAUCACCUAAGAAGGGACUUCACAUGGUGACCCAAAAGUGGAACCAGACACUGCAACAGCUUGACAUCGCUAAUCAGCUCUUCUCUGAGGAGGACUUGGAGAUAGCAAUGAGUUACCUUGCUCAGGCAACAAAUGCAGACACCCUACGUUCACUCAACCUGAGUGGGACCAGGAUCACGCCACCUGCCCUAAGGUCAGUCAUCGGCCAAAUGACUGCUCUUAGCUACCUCAACCUUUCAUCCUGCCGUUAUCUUCCAAGAGGGAUGAAGAGAGUUUACCGUGGCCAGGAGGACAUAUGCCAGCUGCUGGACAAAAUGGAGUAGUUCUGAUGUUAAUUUGGUUCAGAAAUUGAAGCCUGAACUACAAGGCAUACCUUACUGUCUUAAAAUAUGCCUCUAUUUGGAUUAUGUUGUUCAUGUAAUGUGGGUAUUUUACCCUUCAUGAAAAAACACUCCUGACUGUUGCAAGAAAGCAGAAACAAAGGGUUUGAAAUUCAGUGAGAAUAUAUUAAUGUCAAUUAAUAAUCAGUAAACGCACUGUCUACAUGUAGCUUAGGGGUCACGUUGACAUGUUGAAUUUUGGUUAUAUGUAUAUAUGACUCUUGUAUGAAUCUCAAAUGUAAACCUACAGUGACACUCAGUGUGUGUACUAGGAUUACUUGGAUGUAAUUUCUUGCUUAUUUUAUACAUUCUUUUUUUAUAUUGAAAAUAAUUCCAGACAAAAGUUUUUCAAUAAAUAAUUGAAAUUGAAAAUAAAUGCUCAACAUUUCACUCUAA